UGGGCGAAAUGCAUCAAAACGUUGUUGCCCAAAACGUUUCUUUAAAAAUAUUCUGCAUCUGUAUCUGCUCAAAUACGUAGAAGGCCAUACUUCUGGCAUAAAUCUACGAAAUAAUUCUACAUUUGUUUCUUUUAAUUAUUGCCCCAACAUAUCAACAUGGCUAGGGACGAAUCGAAAACCAGUCUUUCUGGGAAUGUUCUGCAGAUGAAGUUUAUGAAGAGAAGUGCUCUAAGGAUUGAAAAAGAGAAGAGUGAAGAAGAACGCAAGCUGAUAAUUGAUGACGAACACUGGGUCCUAGACCUGCCGAAAAUUGAGGGCAAGGAAAGCAAAUAUGUGAUAGAGUCAAGCAUAGCAAGAUGUGAAAACCUGCUGUUUGGAAGGAUGUCUUUUCAAGGUUGUAAUCCAGAAGUUGAGAAACUCAUGAAACUUCACAACAACCAGUUAGCCCUUGAUGAAGCUGAGAGGAAAGAAAAUGAGAACAGCGUCAAUGACCAGGAAAUGGCUGAAAGGUACAGCACGCUAGUCGGAACAAUGGCCAAGAAGUUCUCAAAGAAGCGAGACCGCACAUCAGUUGAAAUGUCCCAGCAAGAGGCUCCUACAUCCAGUAAAAAAUCUAAGAAACAGUUCAUGAAACCAGCGGAUGAUUGAUGUUCAAAUAAUUUUCUUAGGAGAACAUUUACUGAAUGAAUCAUCAUAAAUGAAUGUAGGGAAAGCUAUGAUUGUUAUUAGAAUAUUGAGGGCAAUGAAGAAAAAUUGCUCUGAAUGAAUUUGAAAGGAUACAUGCAUUUCAAGAAAUGGUCUAAAUAGUGCUGAUCAUCAGCUAUGCCUUUUGAAUUUCAAUUUUCACAUUUUUUAGCGAAGCAAUACAGAAGCAAGUAAACGGGGUAACUGGUAAUUUUAAAGUGAUAGCAUGUUUAGCUUACUAAUGCAAUAAGACCACUAUUUAAAAAAGAUCUUUAGGCGUACCCAAAUCACAUUUUGUGUUUUGUUUUUACCUCGUGAAUUCAGAAAUGAACCUAGGCCUUACUGACACUGAAUAUUGGUGUUACAUUUAAAAUCAUUUGUUUGUAUACUUUUAAUGAUUAUUUAUUAAGUGAUAAGGCAUGUUUUUGAAGAUGAAUUUUAAAUUUUUACACCUUUUUAAUAAAUAAUGUUACCAAAUAUCAGAACUGUGUAUGUGUAAUAAUUUAUAUUAUUGAUUAUUAUAUUACAUAUAUAUAGGUAUACAUAAUGAAAUUUAGUACUGCAAUGUACAGUACAGUACUUGGUGAUUGUUGACCUACAGAACUGUGUAUGUGUAAUAAAUUAUAUUAUUUAUUAUUUUAUUACAUAUAUAUAGGUAUACAUAAUGAAAUUUAGUACUGCAAUGUACUGUACAGUACUUGGUGAUUGUUGACCUACAGAACUGUGUAUGUGUAAUAAUUUAUAUUAUUAAUUAUUAUAUUACAGAUAUAUAGGUAAACAUAAUCAUUAAUGAAAUUAAGUACUGCAAUGUGCAGUACAGUAGUGAUUGUUUACCUAAGCAUAUUAUUGCCAUGUUAUUGUGUUAAAGUUAACAAGUUACAAUAUACAUUGUAUGUUUAUUGUUGUUGUACUGUUUUAAACUGCCAUUAUGAUUAAUGUACUGCAUGAAUUUUAAUUACAUAAGAGUAUGUUUAUAUGGUUAAAAUAAAAAAACUCCAACUUUUAA